CUCAAUAUUUAGGCGAAAUUAAAUCAGAAUUUACAAUGAAGAAUUUAAUUAGCUUAUUAGCAGUUCUGUUCUUAGCAUCAGUUGAAGCUUCAAAAAUUAAUUUUUGCUAUUAUCCUGAAUACGCCUAUUACAGUGUAAAACCGGCUAAUACUAAAGUUGAAUACUGUACACAUGUUGGUUAUUCAUUCUUUGCAUUGAAACCAGAUGGUACAUGUUACUUGCUAUAUCCGGAAGAAGAUAAUAUUGUAAAAGAACUUAUAGCAAGAAAAAGUGCAAGUACUAAAAUAUGUCCAGUAAUUGGUGGCGGCGGUAGGUCAGAUUCAUUUGGAGCAGUUGCUUCUAAUCCAGCCGCUCGUCAAAAAUUAGUACAAACAUGUGGCGCUUUAAUGAGACAAUAUGGUUUUGACAAUUGCUUCGAUGUAGAUUGGGAAUUCCCACUUUCAAAUGAACGUGAUGCAUUUAUUUCAUUAUUGAAAGAUAUUAAAAGUGGUAUGAACGGAGUCGAACUCUUUGCAGCUGUAUCUGCUGGUGCAUGGCAAGCAGAUAUAUCAUACAACGUUGCAGCUUUAGCUGCUACUGUGAACUAUAUAAAUUUAAUGACAUACGAUUAUCAUGGUGGUUGGGAAUCUACAACUGGAAUGAAUUCAGCUUUGUCAGGACCACCUGGUGAUGGCUUAAACGUUCAGGCAUCAGUUCAAUAUUUCAUUUCAAAAGGAGCUCCAGCAAAUAAAUUACUUAUAGGAGUACCUUUCUAUGAAAGAUCAUAUACCCUUACGUCAGGUUCAACUUCUGUUGGUUCACCAAGUAGUGGUGGCAACCCAAUUUUAUAUAACGAAUUCUGUAAAGAUAAAUCAUAUUCAAUAAUACGUGAUCCUGUGUAUCAAGCUGCAUAUGCUGUUAAGGGUAACACAUGGGUAUCUAUUGAAGACCCAAUUAGUAUUGCAGCAAAAGCAAAGUAUGUAAAUGAAAACGGAUUAGCUGGAAUAAUAAUCUGGUCAUUGCAACAAGAUGAUACAACGGGAGCAUGUGGAGGUGGUUCAUGGCCACUUUUAACUGCCGUAUACAAUGGAUUGAAUGGGGGAAGUAGUCCAGCCCCAGGACCACGUCCACCAGCACCUGGACCUGCACCAGCACCAGCACCAGCACCAGCACCUGGACCUCCACCAGCACCAGCACCUGCUCCAGCACCGGCACCCGCCCCUGGUCCAGCUCCAGCACCCGGUCAACCGUUUAAAUGCCCUCCGAAUCAUACAGGAUACCAAGUAGACAAUAACGAUUGCACAAGUUAUCAUUAUUGUUCUGGUGGUAUAGAUAUGGGAACACAACAUUGCCCUAAUGGAUUAAAAUUCGUUUUAUAUCCAAAUGGUAAUUUUGAUUGUGCAAGAAAUUCUCCAUAUUGUUAAAUAUUGAAAUUUCUAUCUUGUAUAAAUUUUGUACUUUAGUAGUGGUGCAAAAAAAUGUUUUUUUUUAAAAAUAAAGUGUUUAUUUACGAAAGAAAAUUAGCCGGUUUGUAAUUUACGAAUUUUGUUUUACAAAUAAAUAAACUUGAAAUUUGUAUUACUUGUAUUUUUGCACAGAAUAUUAUAAUAACGAAAAUACUGAUGUACAGCAAUUACAAUACUCUUAUUACUUCUUUUUUCAAUAAAGA